CGGCGGCAAAGUCAACGACAGCGGCUGAAUGCAGGCCGAGGAGGGUGGUGGCGGGGAGACCAAGAGCCGUCUCAUCAUGUAUAAUUAGGGUCGCGGGCCCGCUUUCAGCACCAAUCCUCCGACUCUUCCUCCCCAUCCCGACACCCCGUCUCGAGGACCUCUGAGCCGCCGCACCGUCCUACUCGCUGCUUUUUGCAUUCUUUGUCUCAACUACAAAGAUGACCUUCAAGAACACUCUUUUCGUCGCGGCGCUGCUCGCCCUGGCCGAGGCCGAGCCGAUCCAGAAGCGCCUCGAGAAUGGGCUUGGUCGCAAGCCAGCCCUUGGGUGGAACAGCUGGAACGUGGCCCAGUGCAACUCGGCCACGGCCAAGUACGCGCUCGACACGGCCAACCUGUUCGUGUCGCUCGGCCUCAAGGACCUGGGCUACGAGUACGUCAACAUCGACGACUGCUGGAGCACCAUGAACCGCAACGGCUCGGGCUACCUGGUCGCCGACCCCAACAAGUGGCCGCAGGGCGUCAAGCCCGUCGUCGACAAGAUCCACUCCAUGGGCCUCAAGUUCGGCCUCUACGGCUGCGCCGGCACAAAGACCUGCGGCGGCUACCCGGGGUCCUGGGGCCACGAGACGGAGGACGCCAAGCUCCUCGCGUCCUGGGGGGUCGACCUGUGGAAGCACGACAACUGCUUCACGCCCUGCGAGGGCAACCCCUGGCCGCAGACGUGCUGGGGCAAGAAGGCGGGCGGCCACACGCAGGAGUGGUUCGGCAAGAUGAGGGACGCGCUCAUGUCGGUGCGCAACCAGAAGAGCAUCUACUUCUCCAUGUGCCAGUGGGGCGUCGACAACGUCUGGACCUGGGGCAAAGACUACGGCAACGCCUGGCGCAUGUCCAACGACAACUGGAACGACUGGGCCUCGGUCGUGCGCAUCGCCUCAACCGCCGGCACCAUUGCCCAGUACGCGGGGCCCGGCGGCUUUAACGAUCUGGACAUGAUGCAACUCGGCAACGGCAAGCUCACGGCCGCCCAGGAGCGUACCCACAUGGGCCUCUGGGCCAUCGCCAAGUCGCCCAUCAUUCUAGGCAACGACCUGUCCAAGAUCUCCCAGGCCACCCUGUCCCUGGUCCGGAACAAGGGCCUGAUCGGCAUCAACCAGGACUCGCUCGGCAAGGCCGCCGGCUACUUCCGCCCGCCCGGCAAGCCCGCGCCCGUUAACGGCCAGAUCUACAACUACUGGGCCGGCCAGUUGAGCGACGGCGUCGUCGUCGCCCUCGUCUCGCCAGGCCGCGCCCAGACCCUGUCAGUCGACCUCAAGGACGUGCCCAACCUCGGCUCCGGCAACUGGCGCUGGACCGAGAUGUUCUCGGGCCGCACCGGCACUGGCACCAGCGUUUCGGCCAGCCUGGCCACCGACGACAUUGCCGUGUACAAGGUCACCAAAGCGUAAAUACUGCUUCCGGCCACAAACCGGUAUGACUUGGGCAGUCAAAUCCUUUCUGUUGCAGGAUAGGUAUCCGCGCACAGUGGUUUCGUCAGAAGGGCCACAGGGCACGCGAGAUGAUGGAACGAAAAAUGAAAAUAAAGUGUCCUCUUGCCUAUUGCCACACUCGCAAAAUACUGUAUUACUGUAAACAC